AUGCUACCAGCGACUCUCUUCCCUCUGGUGCUUGCUGCCGUAGCAAAUGCCCAUUUCCAACUUCAAUAUCCUGCUCCUAGGGGACCAUUUGUAGCCGCCCAGGAGCCCACGUUUUGUGAUGGCUACACGGAUGCCGUAUCCAAUCGGACAGUAUUCCCUCUCGCGAAUGGGGUGGUUAACUUCAUCAGCAAGCAUACGCAGUGGACUGCCGGCGUCAUUGUAUCCACGAAACAGAGCCCUGCGUCCUUCUCCGACUUUAACUCUUCUUCGGGAUACCAAAUGGCUGUCCAAUUUUUUCAAUCAAGCGGGGAGGGGCAAUAUUGCUUUCCGAUGGAUCUAGCAACCUCAGGUGUCUCAGGAAUUCAAGACGGUGCCAACGUGACCAUCCAAGUUAUUUACGACGGUGGUGAUGAGAACCUCUAUCAGUGUGCAGACUUAACUCUUUCCGCAAAUGCAACGGUCCCAAGCAAUGCGACCUCCACUUGUACAAAUGUCACCGCAAGUGCGAGCGGAACUGCUUCUGCUUCCACUUCGACUGCAACGCAUACCAGUAGCGCCAAAAAAGAUUGCGCAACGGUUUUUGGGAUUGUUGCCGCCGCGUUUAUGGCCUUAGGGCUUUCGUUUUUCUGA